AUGUCCGACCAGGAGCUCCGCCUGCUCGCGCUCGAUGGCGGCGGGGUCCGCGGUCUGUCGGCGCUGCUAAUCCUCGAGCAGCUCAUGGAGACGAUCAACCCAGACGCGCCGCCGAAGCCGUGCGACUACUUCGACAUGAUCGGCGGGACGAGCACCGGCGGGCUCAUCGCGAUUAUGCUCGGCCGGCUGAGGAUGAGCGUCGGCGAGAGCAUCGACGCCUACCUAGCGCUGUCGGAUCGGAUAUUCCAGAAGAAGCGACAUCGUGUGACGGUGAAGGGCAAUAUCCAGGGGAGAUUCGACUCGGAGGAACUAGCACGAGCUGUAAAAGAGGUUAUCCGAAAUCAGGGACUGGAGGAGGAUGCGCUUCUCAAAGACGCGCCGGAUGCAGCUUGCAAAGUAUUCGUUUGCGCGACAAGUGGCGAGACUAGUGAGACGGCUUGCCUCACAAGCUACAGAUCCCCGCGUGGGAACAACGAUCUCUUGAAUAGCGUGAAGACGUGGGAGGCCUGUCGGGCCACUUCGGCCGCAUCGUCCUUCUUCGACCGGAUCGCCGUUGGGCGGUUUGGCGAGGAGUUCCUGGACGGGGGCACGGGAGCCAACAACCCGGUGUGGGAGCUAUGGAAUCAGGCCCAGCUGAUAUGGGGACCGCAGCCGCUCGAAGACAGGAUCAAAUGCGUCGUGUCAAUCGGAACCGGUGUCCCUUCGCUCAAGCCAUUCCGGGAUGACGUCCUCCAUAUUGGCGAGACACUCGUUGCCAUCGCCACUGAAACAGAGCAGACGGCCAAGAAUUUCCAGCGAGACAAGGCACACCUCGACAACACUGGUCGGUACUACCGGUUCAAUGUGGCUCGCGGGUUGCAAGAUAUUGGGCUUGAAGAGUCGAAGAAGACGAAGGAGAUUGCUGCAGCUACACGACUCUAUAUUGAGUCUCCGGAGGUAUUCAAGCAGAUGCAGGCGUGUGUAGACAAUGUGACAAGAAGAGAAUAUUCUGGGAAAUAUCGAACUGUUUUUAGCCUCCAAGGUGUUCCGAGAGCGACCAACUUUGUGGACCGACCGGCCGAGAUAUUAGAGCUUGAACGAGACCUCUUGCCUAAACAGCAGAGCUGCCGACAGAGCAUACAUGUACUCCAUGGCCUUGGCGGAAUAGGCAAGACGCAGCUAGCAGUUGAGUUCGCACGGCGGCACCACCGCAAGUUCAGCUCCGUGUUUUGGCUAGAUGGGAGAAGCAAGGACACCCUGAAACGAAGCAUUGCGAGCUGCGCAAGCAAGAUUCCUCGAGGUCAGAUUCCGGAGACGAGUAGGGUAUAUUCUACGGCCAGUAGCAACAAUGUUGAUGCAGUUUUUGGAGACCCGCAGCAGCUAGGCAAGGUUGACGAAGGUCAAGCCCAGGCUAUCCUCAAGAAUUGGUAUAAAAGGAAGUAUGACACGGCAGAGAGUGAGCGCUUGCUUAAGCUGCUGGAUGGGCUGCCACUGGCAAGUGCGCAAGCUGGUGCAUAUCUUCAGGAGAGCAGAGUUGGAAUCACGACCUACCUCACCUUCUACGAGCAGCAGUGGAGUGAGCUCAUGAAGUCACGAAAUGAGGCCGACACGCUGCUUCAAGAUUACCCAGGUCGCAGUGUAGGGACGACAUGGACUAUCUCUUACAACGCUAUUCGCAACAAACACAAAGCUACAGCCAAUCUACUCCUCCUAUGGUCAUUCCUUGAUAACAAGAAUCUAUGGUAUGGUCUGUUUAAAAAAGUAUACCGGACUUCUUCAGUAAAUGUAAGAAGAAACUUGUCGAAAUGGAUUGGAAAUAUUGGAAGCAAUGAGCUUGAGUUUAGCAGGGCAAUGCAGCUACUGCGUAACUACUCGUUGAUUGAAGAUAUCGAAGAGCUGGCAAGCUAUGCUACUCAUCCAGUUGUCCAUCGAUGGGCGUACUAUUACCAGGGCAAGUGUUUUGAAUCGGCUCUAGGUCAACUAGCAGUAGUUAUAGUUGGAUGGGCUGUACCGGAGAAGUCAGCUCGGGACUACUCGGCCUUGCAACGUCGACUUCUCCCUCAUGUCCAGGCCUGCUCUCGGUGGGUAUUCAUUACUCAAAUAGAGCAAAGUUCUAGAAGUCCCGGCGGGUAUGAAAUGGACUUUAAUGAAGGUGAUGAUAACGAUGAGGAUGGGGGUGAGGAUAACGGUAAGGAACAAGAAGUGAUACUGGAUGCUAUAAACUUCCUUGGCCUUCUCUACGCGGACCAAGGCGAGCUGGUCAAGGCGAAGGAGAUGUACAAGCGGGCGCUGCAAGGCUGCGAGGAGGCACUUGGUCCUAAGCAUAAGUCAACGCUCAACACAGUUCACAACCUGGGCCUUCUCUAUAGGAUCCAAGGCAAGAUGGCCGAGGCGGAGCAGAUGUACAAGCGGGCGCUGCAAGGCUGCGAGGAGGCACUUGGUCCUAAGCAUACGUCAACGCUCGUAACAGUUAACAACCUGGGCCUUCUCUACGCGGACCAAGGCAAGCACUCGGGUUGUAACAGCUACAACCUAGGAUCAACAACUCAUACGGUUCACGGUCACCUACGCAAGCUGGCUAAGGCGGAGCAGAUGUACGAGCGGGCGCUGCAAGAGACGGAAGAGGCACUUGGUCCUAAGCACACGUCAAAACUCGACACAGUUAACAACCUGGGCCUUCUCUACACGGACCAAGGCAAGCUGGCUGAGGCAGAGCAGAUGUACGAGCGGGCGCUGCAAGGCUACGAGGAGGCACUUGGUCCUAAGCAUACGUCAACGCUCAACACAGUUAACAACCUGGGCCUUCUCUACGCGGGCCAAGGCAAGCUGGCCGAGGCGGAGCAGAUGUACAAGCGAGCGCUGCAAGGCUACGAGGAGGCACUUGGCCACGAAAACGUGGAAAAACACAAGCCAGCGCUCAACACGAUAGAGAACAUGGGAAAUUUGUACGCAAAGCGAGGAGAGUUUGCGAAGGCUCAAGAAACAUAUUCAAGAGCUCUUGUUGGCCUUCAGAGUAUCACAGGGCCAUUCAGCGCUGAAUCUCAACGUCUUAGAGCGAAAAUAGCCACCCUAGACUCUUCUUACAAUAGUAGCGCAGAGCCGCUAGUAGAAGCGGGGGCAUCUCUCGCACCCUUCAGCAAAAAGCGGAAGGCAUCCUCAUCACCGUGA